AAAGCAUACUCUUUGCAACCUCAUUCAAGAACCUCAACCCAGAAUCACAUCUCAACCUCCCUCUUAACAUCAAUGAUGUCGGAUAUGUCGAGUCAGACCAUUCUCCCAGAAAGGCCCAUCGCGGCUCAAAGCCGAGGUGACCAUACCAUGGCAAGCACUAACGCAGGAAGACUUGACGUGCCAGCUCCGCAGGCCGAUACUAAACGGGUCUUCACCUUGUCCAAUGGUUGCCCGAUCCGAGAUCCGCUAUUAGGUGAGCAAGUCGAGAAGCCAGGCCAAAACCGAUACGCCUCGCAGCUCAUGCAGGAUCUCAAUCUGAUCGACACACUUUCCCAUGUAACCCGAGAACGCAUUCCGGAGAGAUAUGUCCAUGCCAAAGGAGUGGGCGCUUUUGGUGAAUUCGAGCUUACUACCCCUGAUCUCAAGAAGUACACCGAUGCCAAGUUUCUUCACCAGACUGGCGUCAAUAAGAAGACUCGGCUCUUCGCUCGAUUCUCUACGGUCGCCGGGGAACGAGGCUACCCAGACACAGUUAGAGACACAAAAGGGGCGGCCUUCAAGCUCUACACCGAGGAGGGGAACCUGGACUGGGCGUUUUUGAAUCCGGACAUCUUCUUCAUCAGAGACCCCGUCAAGUUCCCUAGUCUUUCCCACUCUACGAAGCGCGAUCCGGCAACCAACUUGCCCGAUCCAAACAUGUUCUGGGACUACUUCAACAAUCAUCCCGAAGGUUACAACGCCUUGAUGAGGAUCUUCAGUGACGAAGGGACGCCCAAGUCCUAUUCAAGAAUGAAGAUAUCCAGUGUCAACACGUACACAUUUACUAAAAAGAACCCGGACACUAACACCUGGACCUCAACCUUUGUGAAGCUGAGGCUUGUCCCCGAUCCUGAGCCUGAUCAGGAUAAAGACUAUUUCUCACUUGAUGAGGCGGCGACGAUGGCCGGUAAAGAUCCGGAUUAUCUGACGCGUCGACUAUAUGAUGAGAUCAACUCUAAUAACAAGCCUACCUGGAAUGUUUAUGCCCAGAUUAUCGACCCAACCAAGCAGGGUGAUGGUUAUUACAACAUCUUCGAUGCUACCAAAGUCGUUCCCGACUCCCAAUGCACCGAGGUGAUCAAAAUCGGAAAGAUCACAUUGAAUGAGAACCCUCAAAACUUCUUUUCCCAAGUCGAACAAGCAGCGUUCAAUCCUGCAAAUGUCGUACCAGGCUGGGACAUAUCUCCAGAUCCAGUGCUCACAAUUCGCCUAUUCAUGUACGGCGAUACUCAGAGAUAUCGCCUGGGUGUCAACAAUGACCAACUUCCCACCAACAAGCCUGCCGACAAUGUGAAAGUCUGGACGCCAACUAGACGAGACGGAGCGCACAACAUCAACAAUUACGGGAAUGCACGGAACUAUCUCCGAAAGGAUGAGAGCCAAGAACCAGAGCACUACAACGCCAGCUACCUGAACUGGGAGGGCCGGGUGGUCAGGUUCAAGAGCGAAGUUGACGACCAGGACUGGCAGCAGUGCGCAGAUCAUUGGAAACAGCUAAGCAAUAUGCAGAAGAACCAUUUCAUUACGAAUGUCGCGAGUUCGCUGUCAACAGCCUCUGUCGUGGUGCAAGGUCAAACCACAGAGAUUUUCAAGAAGAUUUGGACGGUCGCUGACUCGGAGCAUGCCGAUAUGUUGGUUGAUAUGCUCAAGCAGGCUCUUGAGCGUCUACAGAAGCAGAAUGCAACACACCAACACAAGCCUGGCGUUAUUGCAGGGGGAGAAGAGGGAGGCGUGAUCAAUUAUAUCCCUCCUCCAGUUCCUAACCCGGCAACUGGCUCCCAAGAGGUUUACAACAGUCUGUGAACAAGAUAUUUCGUCAACGAUGUAUUUACUCAGUUCUAGUCGCUCAUACUUCUGCCGCAAUGUUACGUUCUUCUUGAGAUUGCCAGUGAAGAUUUCGUCAAGC